CAAACCGUUCGAAACCGUGUCGAGUUCGGAUCUCACGUAUAUGUAUAUCGUACUCUUUUUAUAAACGCGCGUGCGCCCCUGGUGAAAAGAACCUUUACUGUUCACGGUGAUUGCGUGCCUCUGUUUCUUCGCGGUGUAUUCGUGGUGUUUUGUGUGUGAAUAACGUGGCUGACUCUGUGUGUGUUCGUGUCUCCGUCGCUUCGGCGGAUUAUUAAAGCUACGCUACUUACUACGGCGUUCGCUCGCUCGCUCGCUCGCUUCACUCGCGGGACUCCGCGCAUGUGUAUAUGUGUGCGACAGUACGUCGCAGGCGAGAAUACAGUGUUGCCGGACCAUCGACACCUCUUCGCGAGUCGUGUUUUGAACAGUUUUCGCAGCGAGGUGCAAUCUCGGGCGCAUAUUCGAACCGGAAUCCUUGGACAAGGUUUCGAGGCGCGUUCGAUUGUUAAAACGUCCUUACGCUCUGACAUUUGAACGUAUUCGUCGGAGGACGUGGCAACCUCGCUUCACUUUCCGGGGGCUUGGGGUGGCGAGGAGGCAGGCAGGCAAGCAGGCGGCAGGCAGGCAGGCAGGCAGGCAGCUUUCUUGUUUCGAGGAUCGGCGGCGCUGCUCUUGCCCUCUUUUUCUCUCUCUCUCUCUCCCUCCCUCCCUCUCUUUCCCCGCGUACCGUUGAGAGCUUCUCCCCCGUUUCCCCCACUCCAGGGUAGAGAACUCGGUCGGGCGAGUCUAUUCGAGAUCCGAGGGGAGGUCGGUAGACCUUGUCGGUAGUCUUCUGUCGUUCGGAGAAUGUACUAGACGCCGAACGGCGAACGCGGUACGAACCGGAGUUUCUCACUCACUUCACCAAAUACUCAUCCUCGAUAGUCUAACUGCGGGGUCGUCCAGCCAGCCUGAACCGUCGAUAAAGAAGAAAAACUCGUGAAGAAACUCUCGCGUAUAUCGCGUUAUUUAUCACGAUUUAUUCGCCGAAUCGGAGCCACAUCGAACACCAGUGUAUCCGCCGGCCAUGUUUGGUGUUUACGCGAGGGGGAAUCGCCGCUACGGCUGACGUCACACUAACCGAACUCUACCGAAGAGCCGAACGAGAAAACGUGCCGGUCUACCCUGCCCAUAGACCGGCUACCAACGUCCCGCCGAAGAUAAUAUACGUUAUACCUCGCAGUGGGGCUGUUCCUCUUUUCUCCUCUCCUAUCCUUCGAUCUUCUCUUUUCUUCUCUUCUCAUCGUCGCAGCUAGUUUCACAUCGUCGUGAAAGUUUAAACCCCGGGUAAAACAUACCACGCUUGAAACGAACUCUGUCACGAGUACCGCAGGUAUAUCACAAGAUAGAGUACGGGGCGCGAAGGCCGACGAUACUGUUGUAGACGUACCACGCAACGUCCACCGAUGGACGUGAUCCUACUACCCGUUCGUCGACGAUUUACUAUCACAUACUACCGUUACCAAAAACGUUGACAAUGCUCAUCAGGAGCUGAACCUUUUUACUGUGUGUGGCCCGCGCGUCUGCGUGUGCUACGCGCUCGCGGCCGUGAGACCGCGGUGUGCUUGUGAUAUUGUGUACCAGUGCUUCUGGUGCUCGUGUGUCGUCUGUUGUCUUGCCUGAUCACACACGUGCGCGAGAUAUUGUUGUCGCGUCCGAUUGUCGUUGACAAUGAGAAAAUAUUAACUACAGUGCGUCGUAUUGUUGUGCGUGUUAGCGAGGAGGCUUCAAAUUUAAGAGGAAUAAAUAGUGCACCGGUCUUUGUCACCCAUCCACUCUAACACCAACGACAAGAAUUAAAUAACAGCGAUCGAAAGAAGGAUACCAACCGGAUACCUGUUCGGCACCCGCAUUUGGAUAUAUAAAGAAAAGUGUCCGUGUGUUUUGUGCCUCCGUUAUAUCAACACGCCGUGAUUGUGAGAUAUUUUCCUCACCCCCCCGACCUGCGUUAAGGAUUAUCUCUGUUAAACAUGGAUUUAGGAGAUCGAGUCUACGCCGCCGAAAGGAUUAUGAAGAAAAAGGUGAAGCGGGGGAAGGUUGAAUACCUCGUCAAAUGGAAGGGAUGGAGUCAGAGGCACAACACUUGGGAACCAGAAGAGAAUAUUUUGGAUGUCAGGCUGAUCGAGCUCUUUGAAGAGAGUGAACGAGGCAAUGCGGUAAUAAGAAGGCCAAGGAGGAAGGAUGCCAGAUACAAUGAGCAGGUUCUCGCAAAUCUUGACGUAAGAGAGGAACCAGGUGGUGACGAAAGAGUGGGCGAAGACAGCCAGGAUGAGUCAACGACAGGCAGCACGUCGGCACCCCUCUUGAAUCCAAUAACGCACGACGAAGACACUCUCCAGAGUUCGCUGGACGGUCACGAAUCUCCUGUACCUCCCGAUUUGUCGGCGCCAAGUGUCGAUUCGGAAAGUUCCAACAGCAGCGGUGACGAACCUCUCUUGUCGAGGAAGGAACCGGCAGGAACUAAAAGAAAAGCUGAAGUCCUCAGUAAAGAGUCGGGUAAAAUUGGCGUCACUAUAACCACCAGCAGUCCAAGCAGCGGAAGUGGUAGUCCACCUCCUAAUAAAAUUCCCAGGCUACUACCCAUAAAGACGAAUCCAACGUCGCCAACCUAUCAUACUCACAAAGUCAACGGUAGAAGGCCAUCCUCUUCUAGCGUUAAAUCAACCCCAGAAGAACCUCUGCCAGCGGUACCCACAACUCUGGCGCCUGCGACUCAAGACAAAAAGAGGCAAGAAGCAGACGUACCUCAUGGACCACUGCCGUCCCUUCCUAGAGCACCAUCAGCACCUUUAUCGCCUCAAUUUGAUACUCCGUUGGAUCAAUCGACGAAAAAGAAGGGUCUUGUAACAGACCAGCAACAGCAGCACAGGUCUGGCGAUAAGAUUGACAAAGCGAAUGGUUCCACAGUAACGUUAGAUGCGACAAAUGGUCACAAAUCUCCAACACCAAUGGAUUCGUAUACUAAUAAUAACAGGUUACCCACAGUUGUAAAUGGGCAUCAUAGUCAUAAUAAUAAUAGCAACACCAAUAAUAGCAAUGCUUCAAGCGUUAAGCAACAUACGGAUAUAUCUAAACCUGAAAUUUGCGUACCUCUUACAAGUCCAGGAACAGAUUAUUGGCAUGCUAGAAAUCCUGUCGCUGAUCAGGUAUUUAUUACGGAUGUAACUGUUAACUUGAAAACUGUCACAAUCCGGGAGUGUAAGACUGAAAAAGGAUUUUUUAGAGAAAGGGAUCCGAAGAGUGACAUAUUUUAACGCGAUUUGAUGUGCGUAGAAUUGUAUGUUCUUUUUUCGUUCUUUGUUAAAUUCUUUAUUCAAAUACAGAAGAAAUGAGGGCGAAAUUUUGAUAAAUCACAACACCAUGAAACAUUUCCUUUUUCACUACCGUAUUGUUGCAUACCUUGGAAUUUUCUGCUCUCACUUGAAACCAUUACUGUCACAUGGUUAAAUUGGCUAUUGUUUUUUUUUUUUAUUUUGUCGCUGAAAAGAAAAACUACGGCUAGUUUACAAUUUGUUUCUAAUUUUUCUCUGCAAUUGAUACUUGUUCAAAACGACAGGCGCAAUUGUGAUAUACACCCACUGAUCAAUGAAAUCACUUACAAAUAGACUGCGUCUUGGAAAAUGUUAAGAGUGCAAAGACUGAGAACUGGUUUUGAAAUAGAAACCAAAUCUAUCAAUCUCAACACAGAGAGGUUUGAACGGAUCUAAGAGUAGAGACGAUUCGAUUUCUAUAAAUAUUUAAUACUAUUUGAUAUAAUAUUAUUCCAUUCAUAUCUUGAUUGGCUUAAUUUCUAAUCGAUUUUAGAUAGUUCCUAUGAUUUUGUAUCUAUUUGAUUAAUCAAGUGUCCCUAGGGUUGCCAAGCUAAACAUUUAGCAUAGAAAACUAUGAUCACUACAGAAUGGCAUGAACAUUAUAGUUUUCAUUACAAACUUGAAUUAUUUAUUGAGUAGUGUUAGAAUCAAUAAUUUCGUUUCGUCUCUUCUCUGACUUGAAAAUGAGAACGAAUUGAUAUUUGGUUUUCAUAACAAGCGAAUCUGAAGAAGGGAAUAUUAAAAGAAAUACUAAAUUACACUUGCUCUACUUAAUUAUCAGCUGCAUAUUUCUCGUUGUCAAAUAACAUUGCCAGGAGCAUAAUUUUUCCGAGAAUCAAUGCAUCACUCAUUACUAUAAGAAACGGCUGAAGAGCGUAGAUUAAAGACUUCUACGCAUUUUUCUAUAAAUUCUCAAUUUCAAGUUAAAACUGUUUUGUGUAAUGAAAUCGGAACUCCCAAUACGCGAGAUUGACAUAAUUUAAUGAUAAAUUUGUGAAAUACUGUUGUAUAUUGUAUGAUACUUGAUAAGAGACUUGUCAAGGAUCUUAAUAUUUGGACAAAUAUUUGUCGUACCAAACUAUUUAAUCUUGCAUUUGUUUUGUGGAAUUAUUAUUUAGAGAUAAAAUUACGCGAAAAUUUCGAAUUUCGUUUUCGAUUUGUUUGACCUUUUAACAGGUAACCGUAACUCCAAAAAAGUAUUAGGUAAACUGACCUAUUUUUGAAUUCAUACUGUAAUAUUUCGACUAGAUUCCUUCAUUGAUUUUUUUUUUUAUCCCUUAUCCUUUGAUCUGAUAUGUUUGAACUGACUGUAGUCUCCAGAAAAUCAAAGUAAAGGGUAACAUACAAUUACAUUGAAUUGUUUGAUUGAACUGUAUGUGAAAGCAUCUGGAGGAUCGCCGUACGAAUUCAACCUGAUACCCAUCUCGAGGUUUCUUUGCUAGAAAUCAAAAUUUGAAUUUAAUAAUAGAUUGUGAAGGCGUAGCCUAUUGCUUCAAUUUUCACAAAACAAAUUGCAAUACACAAAUUUACAGUUGAUUCAAUUUAUCUGCAGUUUUAACCCUCCGCCGGCCAAUAUGGACUGUAUCGUCCGUCCUGAUAUUUUCACUACUGAAAUAUCAAUUGAGCACGUGAAACUGAUUAUCUCAUUUCUUUGGAAAUUUUUCAAAAGCCCUAAGGGGAUGGGGGGGGGGGGGGGGGGGA